UUCCAAACCAAGCUGUCGCUUUCUCAAUUCGCAAUGUUUGGUUUUUCCUUACCCAGCUCAAUUCUUUGACGCAAUUCACAGCUCAUCUCAAUUGUCGCGAAAAAACAUUAUUAUUAUUCCUCUUUAUUUUAACUCUGUCCGAUUAUAUUUCUCUCCCUUUUAACAUUCCCUUAUUUUCAAAUCUCAAUUAAAGAUGAGGACUGUGACACUUUUCUUCGUGGCACUCUUGUCAGCCGUCACUCUCGCGCUCGAAUUUGACCUGCAAGCGACUAGCGAUGCGAAUGGCGGGCGCCGCUGCCUCUCCCAAUGGCUUCCCCGGGGCUCUCACGUUAAAGUGUCAGCCAAGGUUCUCCCAGGAUUCCCAGGACAAAAGGUCCACAUGGAGAUCCACGACGACAGCCCGCAUAUCAACCAGUACGGCGCGCGCAAGCAGCUCGACGAUGUUUCCUUCCGGUUUGACACGCAGGCGCACGCCAACGUUAUUGCUUGCUUCCAUAAUGAGCUCGAUCAGGGGUAUCCCGGGGACGGUCGUUCUUUGACGAUUCAGUUCAAGAUGGAUUCUGGGGCGAUGGCUGAGGAUUUUGCCAAGGUUCAACAGGAGGAGAAGCUGAAGCCUAUGGAGGUUGAGCUUAGGAGACUGGCCAUGUCUUUGGAUGAUAUUCAGGAUGAGUUGCAGUACUUGAAGCAGAGAGAGGGCUCGUUGAGAGAUGCUAACGAGAUGAUGAACUCGCGGGUGCGGACUUUUGGAAUUUUCUCCAUUUCGGUUUUGAUCGCGGUUGCCGUAUAUCAGGUGGUUUAUCUGCGCCGGUUCUUCCACCAGAAGAAGUUGAUUUGAGCAAAGAGUUUUGUGUUGGUUUAGGGCUUCUUGUGUCUCUUUUGGAGUCAGGGUUGACAAUUCUUCUCCUUCUCUUUCUCUUUGUUGUUGAUUUUUGUUUAAUACAGCAGGAUGAACAACUCAGCACGCUCAACAUUUUGCAAGUUUAUCCUUGUCAUUUUUAUUCUGUUAUAUGCAAAUGAACUUUGGGUGGAUUUAAGCUCUCAGCCCAUAUCCAUACCGUCACCACAAUAAUGAUGAGGCUGAACAUGAUUUUCAAAUUUUUUUGCCCAAACAAAAACGGCUCUU